GGAAAACGCAUGCGCGCUAGUAAAACCAAACCGUCUCCAUGGGGAUUCUGCCUUCCAGAUCCGGGUCACUCGUUUAUUUCCGCUCAUAGGUUUGAGGGGAGACGGGGUGGUGGUGGUGGUUUGCGUGAAGGAAAGGAACCUUUGGCAUUUUCUUCCCGCCGUCUCCAUUGCGCAGAGCCGCCUGAGCGCAUGAACUGGCGUGAUUCCUUGUCAACCGGAGCAGAGCAGCUGAUUCUACCCGUCAAAGCGAUGGACUUCUGUUGAGUCACCGCGCUAGGCGCCCCAUUCUCGGCUGCUUUACGAAGCAUCCCUUUUUGUUCCUUUCCGGCCACCUAGCUUUUCCUUCGGAUCCAGGGCUUCGGUCGCAGGCAAGAAACUCCACAGGGGAGAGAGUGCAGUGGAUUGUUCUCUUAACAAUGUUGGAGAAUGAGGAAAAUCUCGGGGCAGCUUUCAAAAAACUAAGAGUUGAUUCAGAACGAUCCACUGCUUCUCUCCCUGUGAGUGAGGGGGCAUCUCCACAAACAUUUGUAGGAAGUACAGAUGAAUCCAAAGUAAAGAUGACAUUUGGAUCUAAAGAAAGUUGGCACUGGUGUUUGAGGAAACCUUUAAGAGGAACAAUUCGAACCCAACGUUGCCGGCGAUCAAAGUCUCCUGUGCUCCAUCCUCCUAAAUUCAUCCACUGCACUAAACAAAUGGCUUCCGGUAGCCAAUCCAUGCACAAGAACCUAACAGAUGCUUUUCAAAGCAACAAAGAUUUGGAUGUGCCAAAGAAAUUUUCUGAAAAUGAACUGGGCAGUCAUCCUCUAGAAUUUGGAAAGAAAGAAUCAGUUGUCAAAGAUUCUGAGGCAUCCAUGAUUGGAAUACCAAAGAAUAUUUCUGAAUAUAUUGGUAGUGUUCUUCCCACAGAAAUUCUAAAGGUCUCAGAUCUUUCUGAUUUCCAGUCUGUCUCUGAACAAAAUAAAGGGAAUUUUUGUGCAUGUGUAAAGAAUGAAUGCCAGUGUAAGCAAUGGCAAAACCUAAAUGUGUACAUGUUUUCUGACAUACAGAACUCCCUCCGGUGUGUAUCUGAAAGAGCAGCACAUGUGCAGAACAAUCCACAGCUCACAUCAAGAAUUUCCUCCAGUUCUCUCAAAUCUUGCUCUGAGCAAGCCAGAGCUCAUGUAGAUGAUGUGACCAUUGAAGAUCUUUCAGGUUAUAUGGAGUACUUCCUGCAUAUACCUAAGGAAAUGUCUCACAUGGCGGAAAUGAUGUAUACCUGACCCUAGCCAACAAAGGGCAUUGAGAUCUGCCCUGAAUCAUGCUCCUUCUCAGAAGCAGUUUGUUCUCUGUGCUUAUAAUAAAACCACUUGGCAUUUCAGGCAGACUUCUUGUUUUUAAUAGAUCAACAAUUGAAAUAAAUUCUAAAUCAGAGAACUGCAAAUAGCAAGCCUAGGAAAUUAUGCCAUUUUGUAGGUAUAGCCACAAUUGGCUGUUUGGAUUAACUGGCUAACAUUUUACAGCGAAUUAUAAAACAAUCUAGAACGAAUUCAAGCACUUUCCACAUCUGAGGCUAAGUAUUGUAUAUUGUUACAUGUUAUAUUGAUUGUAUAUGUAACUGUAUAUGCAUUAUGUGUGUAAUUGCACGCAAGCACAUUUUAAAUUAUCAAAAGCAUGGCAUUGAGUAUUUCAAUUUGACUUUCGUUGCUAAUGCACAAGUCUUUUUCUGAAAUAUGUUGAAUACAUUAUCUAAAAUUGUACAAGUCAGUAAUGUUUUUCUUCUCUGUAUUGUUUUAAAUACAACCUAAAUUCCA